AUGAAUAUAUACGUACAAGUGAAUUUAGCAUAUAUCCGAUUUUCUCUUUUCCUGUUGCUCGUUGAUCCUUUGUAUCUUUGUGGAAACAAGUGCUGCUAUAGUAAGUACGUGUUCACCAAGAGGGGAAUGUGGAUGAAUCCAAAAUUUCUCUUGAGACCUUAUAGCAACUUUUUCUUGAAGAGAACCUUGACAAUAUGCCUGUCUGCGCUUCUUGCAUUGCUGCUUCUGUACCAGUUUAACCAGGAGACCGUUAUCACGAACCCGUCUGUGUGGGUCCCGCAGAAGGAUGAGUUACAGAGGCCGCUCGAGAGUCGCACGGCUACGCCGAACGAGAGGAGAGUGUUCUUUAGAAACAUCUUCACCACAUUGAAGAAUGCUAAGCCGAGGGAUCCGCCAGAGGAUUUCACCGCAUUCAAGGACGAGGCGAGAUGCAAGCUGAGGGAUCCGAUGUUCGCCAGUGACGGCGAGAGGGAGAAACUUGAGGCUGUCUCUUACGAUAGCUUGGACGGAUGCAUGCAUGUGCCGGACCAGUAUUUGGAGAGUCUUACCAAAAUGCAUACCAAAUUCGUGGGGACUAUCAAAUCUAUCUCGUCGAGCACCGUACGCCAACUAUACCCAGAGGAUAGCGGUAUCGUCGCUGUAGGAGGCGGUAGGUACUCUGUGUUGCUGGCGACAAUGCUACCGAAACUGAGGAAGAAUUGCACGUCUCUACCGGUGGAGAUAUUCAUCCCGGACGAGGACGCCGCGGGGGAUGCAUCUUUUUGUCAAGUCUUUGCGCCCAGGUACAACGCCAAGUGUAUCUAUGCGAAAGCUAUCGUGGGCAAAAUCGACAUCAAGUUGGAGAGGUUCCAAUAUAAACCCGUGGCGAUCCUGCUGAGCUCUUUCAAAAACGUCCUGUUCUUGGACGCUGAUAACUACGUCAUGAAAAACAUAGACAAGAUAUUCUCGGCAGAAUCAUACCACGAUACAGGAUUGAUCAUAUGGCCAGACAUUUGGAAAAGAUGCACGUCACCAAGCUUCUAUAAGAUAGCGGGCAUAAAUUUCGAUCUGACAAAAAGAGUCCGGUGGGGUGGGGACGAGAUCUCGCCCGUAUCGCGGUACACUUCAGCAGAACAGAACUCACCAGAAUACCUGAAAACAAAAGUACCCUUCCAUGACCUGGAUGGACCAAUGCCGGACUCGUCAUCCGAAUCUGGCCAGUUGCUCAUUAAUAAAGUAAAGCACAUGGAUACGUUACUGUUGGCCCUGUACUACAACGUCUACGGUAAACAGUGGUACUUUCCUCUGGCGUCUCAGAGAGGACCUGGGGAAGGUGACAAAGAAUCGUACAUUUCUGCUGCAUAUGCGCUAAAGAAGCCCGUUUAUCAGGUGAAAACACCCUUGGAGUUCAGUGGGUACUUCACGGAUGAGUUUAACGGAGUAGGGCUACUGCAGCACGACUUUGAGCAGGACUACCAACUGUACAAGAAGGCGGAAGAACUGGUCGCUGCAAACCAGAUUCGCUACGGUUUUUACGACCCAGAGUACACCUAUUCAUCGUCCUUCUUGAAGGAGUUUUUCCACGUGGGUGAGAGCGCACAUUCAGAUGUCAUGUUCAUUCAUGCCAGCUUUUUCAAGUUUGACCCAUGGGAACUCUCCCAAAACGAAAGAUUCACUUACAGGGGGAAGCAAGUGCGAGGAUUCUCGCUAAGGGAUAGGAUAAACGGAGAGGACUUUGAACUGGAAGUGUUCGAACUGAUGAAAGAGGCAUUCUGUAUUGAUAAGACUGUCAAGUACGGCUACCUUGAGAAAAAAUUCAAAUCGAAAGAAGAUUGGGAGAAGGCAUGCUCGUACAUCGACAAGCACAUUGUAUUUCUGAAGAGGAAUCCAUAA